CACUUCACUCUUAACUGAAAAAGGAAUUGUCCCAUCCGAUCUUUCAUUUUUAGCGUCUUCACUUAUCUCGUAAUUUUUCACAUCUCGAAACCUACGCCACUCAAUCAUGAAGCUGUCAGUCGUUCUCGCCGUAUUCGCCACCGCCGCUCUCGCCGCGCCUGUCCCAGCACCCCUACCGUCCGGCCCGACCCUUGACGGGUUUAGAGGUGGUCCUCCAGGAUGGAAACGUGAAGCUCAACCCGCUCCUUCCGGACCCACCCUUGAUGGAUUCAGAGGUACUGGCUCCGGUUGGAAGCGUGAGGCUGCCCCGAUCGCCGCCCCCGCUCCCUCAGCACCCACCGUGGAUGGAUUCAGAGGUACUGGCAAUGGAUGGUGAUGGGUAGUCGAUCCUCAAUAAAACACUUACGGAACCUCUUUCCCGCUCAUGUCAUUCUCCCGUUUGUCUUGGCCUCUGACCUAUCACUUCGAUUUGUCCUUCUUGCUCCAUCUUAUAUCAUCAGUCUCUCCUUUCUAGAUCUGGGAUCAACUUGUGUGGUAUGCAAUUUUAAUGCCAGUCCGUUUU